AUGAGGUGGCCUACUAUUGUUCUCGGUUUCCUCGCCGUUGCCGUGGCCCAGGAAUCGUCUACUGAAUCCUCCACGGAAUCGGGGAAGACCACCACCGAUGGAACCACGGUUGUGUCAGUCACAACUCCCGUGGCCAUUCCCUCGGGUACCUACCUAGACCUCAGCACAACAAUCACACUGAGUGAUGGCGACAAGUCGACCAUUGCAUCGACCACCCAGCACAAUGGCACAAUGACUGCCUCCAACCAGACGGCAGUCACCACGACUUCCGACUCCUUGACUUUGUUGGUGGGCGGCGGAGGAACGACGGUGAUCGGGAACAGUAGCAUGAACGCGACUGCGACUACCACUAGUACGGCUACGAAUACGCCUGUCGUCAACACCCGCCCUUGCAACAACUACCCCGAGUUCUGUGCUAGGAAAUACUCCAACAUUACCAUGGUCGCAGCGCACAACAGCCCGUUCGUGCGCCCGAACAGCGUCGCCGCCAACCAGGCGCUGGAUGUGACAACACAAUUGAAUGAUGGAAUUCGCACGCUGCAAUUCCAAACGCACUACGAGAAUGGCACUAUAUACCUGUGCCACACGAGCUGUCAAUUGCUCGAUGCCGGCACCCUCGAAAAUUACCUGAUCAACGUCAACACGUGGAUGCGGAAGAACCCAUACGAUGUGGUGACCUUCAUCAUCGGCAACUUCGACUACGUCUCGCCCGAAAACUUCACCAUCCCGAUCGAAAACUCUGGACUGAAGGACCUCAUCUAUACCCCUACUAAGGUCCCAAUGGCUCUCAACGACUGGCCCACGCUCUCAGAGAUGAUCCUUAAGCAGAAGCGCGCAGUCUUCUUCAUGGACUACCAAGCCAACCAGACCUCGCACCCAUGGCUGAUGGAUCAGUUCUCGCAGGUGUGGGAGACGCCCUUCUCGCCCACCGAUCCCUCCUUCCCCUGCACGCAGCAACGACCACCCGGUCUGUCCAAUGCAGCCGCUAAGAACCGCAUGUACAUGGCCAACCACAAUCUGAACCUGCAGUUGAAUCUCGGUUCUCUGAGCAUGUUGAUUCCCAAUUCUGCUCAGCUUGACGAGACCAAUGCUGUGAAUGGCAGUGGCAGUCUGGGCGAAAUGGCUGAGAAAUGUAACGCAACCUGGGGCCGUCCCCCUAACUUCCUUCUGGUCGAUUAUUAUAACUACGGCAAUUUCAACGGCUCGGUCUUCGAGGUCGCUGCCAAGAUGAACAAUGUCACCUACGACCGUAAGUGCUGUGGCAAGACGUCUGGCGCACUGCGCGAGGUUUCUGUCGCCGGUAUGUCGACGGUGCUUCUGGUGGCAGUGGGAGUGCAGAUGGUGGUGUCUGUGUUCUGA